GUCAUCACAGCGCGCCACCCUAGCUGAUCCAGCAGCACCAUGAAGCGGUGGCUACAGACCGGAGCGACCUUGCUGUUCGGAGCGGGACUCGGAGCGUCAGUGAGCCGCCUGCCGAGUAUCAGACGCCGGCAGGAAGAGGAGGAGGGAGCCGAUCUCCUGAGCAGAAUUCCGGUGCUCCCGGUGCCGACGGUCCAGGCUUCCGAACUCACGAUGAGUCCAGGUGGGUCAGCCGUUGUGAUGAAAUAUGGCUUCCCCUCACUGGCCAACAUAAAAACCAGAGAGUCCUACAUCACCUCGUACGACCCCCGCACACGUACUGCAUCCUGGGUAAUAGAGAGGCUAAACCCCACUUCUCUGAAUGGCCCAUCGGACAGGAAGUACUGUGACUUUAAAGAGGACGACAGCGUGCAUGAGUUCCACAGAGCCACCAACGCCGACUACAGGGGGAGUGGCUUCGAUAGAGGCCACCUAGCUGCUGCAGCCAAUCACAAGUGGAGUCAGAAAGCCAUGGCAGACACGUUCUACCUGAGCAACGUCGCUCCACAGAACCCUCACCUGAACCAGAAAACCUGGAACAAUCUUGAGAAGCUGUGUCGCUCUCUGACCAAACGUUACUUGAAUGUUUACGUCUGCACUGGACCGCUCUACCUGCCCAGGCAGGAAGCUGACGGGAAGCUUUACGUUCGAUAUCAGGUGAUAGGACAAAACCAUGUUGCCGUGCCGACACACUUCUUCAAGGUGCUGAUCCUGGAGCAAACAGACGGCAGGGGGGUGGAGCUCCGGUCGUAUGUCUUACCAAAUGAGCCAAUCGAUGAACGGGUUCCUCUGGAGCGUUUCCUGGUUCCCAUAGAAAUGAUUGAGCGAGCGUCAGGACUUCUGUUUGUGCCGAACAUCAUGAAGAGGACGAGCAGCCUGCAGGCCAUCACUAACCGCUGAGAAAUACACUACCCACAAUCCUCUGCUGCCGAGGGACUACAGGAAAUGUGACGCUCAAUGUUAAAGCAGCUGUUAAAGAACUGAUCAAUAUCAACAUGAAGACAUUCUUUAUGAUCUCAUUGAUCGGACUCAGCAGAAUCAACUGUAUUGAUCAUAGAUUAUCAUGAGGCUGUUUGAAGAUGAGUGAACAAGUUCAUUAAAACUGUUGAUAAAUGUUUAAACUUUUUAAAUCUGCAGUCGGAAUUUUUGUUUUCAGCCUCAAAAUCCAUCAAAAGAUUAAAUUUAAUCUCUAACAUUA